AUGCUCAUAAAAGACCAACUGGAAAUUGCAAAUAUUUUUAAUGAAUAUUUUUCUUCCAUAGGGGAAGCCAUAAAUGGCAAACAUAAAAGCAUGCACUACAGUUUUAAAGGUAAUACAUGUGACCAUAGUAUAUAUCUAGUCCCCACAAACUGUGCAGAAAUAAUGGGCAUCAUUAGCUCUCUAAAACCCUCUAUUUCAGCUGGGCAUGAUGGCCUAAAUACUAACGUUUUAAAAGCCUGUAGCCAAAAUGUCUCUGUACAUCUGUCUGCAGCAGUCAACAAUAUAAUAGAAUCAGUUGAGAAAGUUAUAUACAACAGGAUUAUAAACUUUCUUAACAAACACAACCUGAUGUUCGAAAAUCUAAAUGGAUUCCUAAAAGGUAAAUCAACUAGCACUGCAGCUGCUCAACUAAUUGAAGAAGUGAUAGGGGGUAUCGAAAGCAAGGAACAUGUGGCAGGUGUAUACCUAGACCUGGAAAAAGCCUUUGAUUGUGUGAAUGUUGACAUCCUAUUGGACAAGCUAUGGAAAAUGGGCAUUAGAGGCGCUGCUUAUGACCUAAUAAAAAGAGUACCAUACUUAUAUGAAGAACAACAAAUGCUUUGUGAAAUUAUGUGA